GUAUGAACUCAUGCAAAUCAUUUUUGUAGUGGAAUACUCUUUAUCUAAAGCCUGUGAGUGGCUUAAGGGGUUUCAAUUGAGUCUACAGCAGUUGCAAGCCAGAUUUACCAAGGCCCCGAAGUCACCACCGCAGUCACCACGACCGACGACGAGGGAUAAACAAAGUGUUCACAACAGCUCAAACUAAAGCCUUUAAGAAGAAGAUAAUUAAACAGGAUACUGCCGCUGCCGUUCCUUGGAAUGAGUCGUCAACCAACCGAACCAAGCCAAACCAAUCGGACGACGGCGCGGAAUGUCUUCGGGACCAUUAACUAACUAUAAGGCCCCGAAGUAGUCCUGGCUAAGCUGGCUAAGCUGAGGCUCCCACGACAUGUGGCAGAGCACCCGCGGCACGGCGAAACUCAGGACGCUAUUCUACUCCCAUUCUAGAACCCAAGAACUAGCUUGGUGGACACGGCUGAUCUCACCGUCUUCACUGCCUUGGCGCGGACUUUGUAGGGGAAGAGGGGAAGAGGGGAAGAUCUCAGCGGGGUAGCACCAGCCAUUUACUAUAUCUUCGGCGAAAUGUCUGGCCAAGACCGGUGAUUUAUCAAAACGCCUCACAGCCGCUUUAAGCAUCGCGUCUCUGUGCGCAAAGCAAGCUACCACUGAGCUACUCUAAAUCCACCAUCUCUACCCCAGACCCCACGUCCCCAAAUGACGGGAUUUUCACGACCGAGGAUGGGAGGGACGGAAGCGUGCAGGCUUGUCUGUUUGGUGUCUGCUAACUUAAUCGGCCCGUUGAAUGCGUAUUCUUCCCGUCAUUCAUCACCAGACUGCAGAAAGCAAUAUGGACUGACUGACUGCAUAGCUUCUAGGCAAAGGACGGGAUGGGAUGGGAUGGCGAGGAAACAAGUAUAUAAGGUUGUGAGCAAAGUCUGUUGAUCAGCACUUCAUUCGAACCACCAUUCGUUUCAGUCGCUUCAAGCCCUUUUCAAGCUCUUCUCACCAUGAAGUUUAUCUCUCCUUCGGUCGCGGGACUCGUCUCCUUGCUGGCAUCCCACGCAAUUGCUGCGCCGGGUGGGAACGGUGAUAAUGGUCACGGAUCGCACGGAUCUAGCCCAUCGUCUCGCCUUGACAAAUUCGUCGCGGCUGAGAAGAAGAUCGCGCUGCAGGGUGUCCUGAACAAUAUUGGUCCUGAUGGAUCGAGAGUUCCAGGAGCAGGUGCCGGUUUCGUUGUCGCGAGCCCUUCUAAGGUUGACCCAGAUUACUUCUUUUCAUGGAGUCGCGAUGCCGCCCUGACCAUGCUGAUGAUCGUCGACGAGUUUGCCUUCAGCGGCGACAAAAAGCUCCAAGCCAAGAUUGAGCAGUACAUUACAUCCCAAGCCGUUCUCCAGACCGUCUCCAACCCAUCCGGAACCUUCCUCCCCCAAGGUCUCGGCCUAGGAGAGCCCAAGUACAUGGUCGACGGCAAGAGAUUCAACGGCGCCUGGGGCCGACCCCAGCGCGACGGGCCAGCCCUCCGCGCCAUCACCCUAAUGACCUACAGCAAGUGGUUGAUGAAGCACGGCCAAGCCAAGAAGGCGAAGAAUGUAAUCUGGCCAAUCAUCUCGAACGACCUGUCCUACGUCGGCCAGUACUGGAACCAGACCGGCUUCGAUCUGUGGGAGGAAGUCAACGGCUCCAGUUUCUUCACAGUCCAGACGUCCCACCGCGCUCUCGCUGAGGGUCAACAGCUUGCCCGCGACCUCGGCGUCAAAUGUACCGGUUGCGACCAGGCGCCGCAGGUUCUCUGCUUCCUCGAGGACUUCUGGAACGGGAAUCACCUCGUCGCCAACAUCAACACCAACACCGCCCGCAGCGGCCUAGACGGAAACACCCUCGUCGGCCCCAUAACCGUCUUCGACAUCAACGCCAGCUGCUCCAGCCCAACCCUGCAACCCUGCCAUAGCAAGACCCUCGCAAACUUCAAAGCCCUAAUCGACUCCUUCCGAUCCGCCUACAGCAUCAACAAGAACAUCCCCGCCAACUCCGGCGUCGCCGUGGGGCGAUACACAGAAGACGUCUACUACGGCGGACACCCCUGGUACCUCCUCACCACCGCCUCAGCCGAGCUCCUCUACGACGCCAUCGCGCAGUGGAAAACCCAGCGCUUCAUCUCCGUCGACUCCACCUCGCUGUCCUUCUUCAAAGACCUCUACCCCUCCAUCAAAACCAAAAUCUACAAAUCCAACACCAAGGAAUUCACCGCCAUCCUCGCCGCGAUCACAACCUACGCCGACUCCUUCGUCGCCAUCGCCCAAAAAUACACACCAGCCGAUGGCGCACUCUCCGAGCAAUUCAACCGCACCUCCGGCGCCCCAUUAUCCGCAACACACCUAACCUGGUCCUACGCCGCCUUCGUAACUAUGUCCCGCCGCCGCGCCGGCUCCUUCCCCCCCACCUGGGGCUCCUCCCGCGCCGCCUCCCCUCCCAAGACCUGCUCCCCCGCCACCUCCUCCACACAAGGCGUCUACAUUCCCGCCCUCGCCGCCGGCGCCCCCAACGUAACAGUCGGAUGCCAAAUCCAAGUCGGUAUCAACCUCAACGCAUCCACCUAUUACGGGGAGAACAUCUACGCCGUCGGCUCGUCGGAUGACUUCGGGGCGUGGGAUAUCGAUAAUUCGUACCCCCUUAAUCCGGGGGGUUAUACGGCGGAGAGGCCGUUGUGGACGUUGAGCGCGUAUUUGCCGGCGGGACAGGAGAUUAGUUAUAAGUUUGCGAGACAGCAGGAUUGUGGACAGCCUUGGGUGUAUGAGAGUGGGAAUAGGACGUUGACGGUUCCGCCUUGUGGGGGACAGGCUGUGACGAUUGAGGAUGCGUGGGUUGGGCCGGUGGGGACGUCGGGGGGGUGUUAG